AUGUCUCGUCGUACGAAUGGUUUAGCCGUCCCACAUGAUGAGGGUUUCGGUGAGGUUGUUCGUGCUUUGAAUGUUGUUGCUCAAGCGAUGCAACAACAAGUGAAUCUUAAUCAGAAUUCACCUCCUCCCCCUCCACCACCUAAUCAACGAGCUUUGUUAGUUAGAAGGUUUAGUGAACAAAAUCUCGAUUCCUUUAAAGGCGUGAAUGACGAGGAUAAGCUGGAUCUUGCUGUUUUUAAGCUUGAGGGUGAGGCCACUCGCUGGUGGGACUUGACUCGUCGUUCUAGGAAUGACGGUCUGUUUACCUGGGUAGAAUUUCGACUCGCCUUCCUAAAUAAGUACUUUCCACAAACUGCACGAAACCAACGCAUGAUCGAGUUUAUGCAGUUGACUCAGAGAAAUAUGACCGUAGCACAGUACCAAGCCAAGUUUGAAGAACUUUCUCGUUUUGUUAUUCAUCUGGUGGAGAAUGAAGAGCUGAAGGCUUUUAAGUUUCAGGAGGGACUUAGACCUUCAAUUAAGGGUAGGUUGUCUAUUUUGAAGAUUACCUCUUAUAAUGAGAUAGUGGAAAGAGCGAUGAUUGCUGAGAGAGACAUUGAGGAAGCGACAUGGGAAUUAGAGCCCGAAAUGCGGAGCAAAUAUCCUGAACUUUUCUAA